ACAUAAGGAAAUAGAACAAUGUAGGUUUUUACUUAACUAUACGCCGGCUGUAUACGUAACUGUGAUACAUAAAUUGUCUUUCGCCAGUUUAGUAUUAUUACUGCACUCGUCUGUAUUUCUGGAAUAAACGACUGUCUACAUACCCCGUCAGCUUGAAUACAACCCAACAAUGGGAGAAAUAACGCCCUCGAUGGAACGCAAAUGGACCAACAGCAUAACCAUACCGGCCACUAUUCCGGCCACGCCCACCGCCUUCGAAGUCUUAUAUCACUGCCCUUGUUUUCACUACAUCCAGUUUCUUCUCGGUGGGCGCCCUUAUGUACAACUCCCGAAAAAGAAUCUCCUCCGCUUAAUUAAGUUAGUGCGGUUUUUCGUUCCCACGCUACUCCUAAUGAUGUUCGCCACGGAUUUCGGUGAUUGGCUGAUUAAUGGCGAAGCCGCUAUGAAGUUCCAACAAACCCGCAUCAUCUCCAUGUUAACCUAUUUAGACAGCCAGUUCGGACUGUGGCUCGGCACCGCCACGACCUUUAUCUUCAUGUAUAAAGGCGACCGGCUAUUACAUUGCGCGGAAUCUUUAGGAAUGACGAUGAAAUUACUGGAUAUGUUGCCGUUUCCGGAAAGCGGCCCGAAACGACCUUUCGGUUUAAAGGUCGCCUGGGUGAUCUUGUCGGUGCUCAGUGCGUUUAGUUUAUUUCGCGGGAUUUACGGUGUGUGGGAAGCCAUCGAUCCCACGUUUCUCUAUGAACCGCGAAUUUAUUUUUUAUGGUUGGUGCCCAAGGGAAUUAUUGCCGCGGUGCUCAAGACGUUCUUCCUCCUAAGCGAAUUGUCGGCGCUGCCGAUUUAUGUGGUCUUCACGUAUGUCUGCGCCAAAUUCACCCGGUGUUUCCAGAAACUGAAUAAGGGUAUCGGGGAGUUGAUUGAGCGGGUAGAACGGCAGGAGUUUAAGCAGCCGUUUGUGGAGCAGCUCAAGGAGUUGUCACUAAAGGAGGUGACCUUAGCGCAGUCUGUGAUAGAUUUGGAUGAUUGUUUCGCGGUUCAGGUGCUGUUCUUUGUGGUCAACAAUUCUCUGGGAGUAUUUAGUAAGAUUGCCAAGUGUUUCAUUGCGUCGGCUUUUAUCAACUGGAUUGAUUAUGUCAAGUUUGUGAUGAAGUCGUCGAUGUAUGUACUGGGAUUGGCCAUUAUUAUUGUCUUUCCGGCAAUGCUGCAUGAAAGCAGCAACCGGUCCAACACUCUUUGGCAAAAAUUAAUAGCGGUGCGCCAGGAAAAGCGACAAAAAGAUUACAGCCCGGAAGAAGGUGAAGUGCUGAUAACUCUACUACAGCGCACGACCUUUCGGCAGCACUCCUUGACGGUGGCCGGUAUGGCCAAUCUCACUCGGUCGUUUGGAGUGACGUUACUUCUUGGUUUCGCUGGCUUCACUUGUUUCCUCAUCGACCGAGCGGAGAAUUAUAAAGUCCAAGAGAUUUCCUUUAAUUCCACUUGCAACUGCACUUUAUUUGAAUUUAAUGACUCCGUAGUAUAGUGUAGACUCCGUAAUGACUCAG